AUGAAUAAUUCUCCAGAAUAUGAUGUUGCUGUCAUUGGUGCAGGCAUUUCAGGGAUUGUUACUGCAAAAUGCUUGUUAGACGACAAGUUCAAUAUUAUUGUUUAUGAGAAGACUGAUCAUGUUGGAGGGUUGUGGCAGUUCACAGAGGAUGGCUAUGGAGUCAUGAGAUUCACUCACAUGUAAGAACUCUGAAAUAAAGUGUUACAGUGGAACCCCGUUAAUACGGUCACUUCUGGGCCAAAAAAAUUUGGCCAUGUUAACAGGGUGGCCAUAUUACUGGCGCUGGCUCAAAUUUAAUGACCUGAGGGCCGCAUUGACAAAUACACCAUACGUCACACUCAACUUACUGUUCUCAUUAAUAAACAACCGGAAUGUAGAUAUUGCGUACAGUAAUUGAAAAAAACCUUAAAAUUUUCCUUCAGUACAUGAAACUCUUUAAAAAUUUGGCUAUAAAUCGCCACAAGUGCAUUUUAAGUGUACUCUUGUCUAAAAACAGUUCAAGAAUGAGGUAAGAUUACUAGGUUGAUAAAACUGACAUGUCGCAGGUUUUCUAAAUUUCGAACAAGUGGCCGCAUUAAUGGGGUGAAAUUGUAAGAGAUUCUACUGUUUAGGAUUUUAAAAUGUGACUGUUGGCUGUAUUAACAGGGGACCGCAACGGUUUUUUUUUUUGUAAGGAAAUGUAUGGCCAUUUUGCCAGGCCGAAAAAAACUGGCUGUAAUAUCAAGGUGACCGUAUUAUCGAGGUAGCCGUAAGGCGGGGUUCCACUGUACUUCUGAUUUAAACUAACUAUAACUUCUAAUAAUAUUCAAAAAGUGGAAGUUCCAGAGGCAUAGGGGCCCCCGGGGGGUGGGGGGGUGGGUGGUGGUAACUUGGGUAAAUUUUUGCCCCUACCCCAUUAUAGUCUAUUCUGUGGCCAAGUAUAGACCCCAUCUUAGUCACCUUUGGGCAAAUAUGUAAUUUUCAUGAUCCCAACUUAGUCACUUGCUAUUUUUAUGAAUUGACCCGUUUUUUAGAUUGAAUGAAUAACACUUUACUUUUCAUCUUCAGUACAAACAUUGUGACAUGUUUGCUAACCAUUAAUAUGAAGAACUGUCUUACCCCAAAAUAUCCAAAAAUGUGUGACCCCAUUCUAGUAACUCUAUAGGCCAUUUGCCCAAUGGUGUCAUUUAACUACUACGACCAGAGUUCUUUUCGUUUUUCUUUUCAUAUUGAAAUUUGGUAAUGCCAGCGAGCUUUAAAAAACAAAAGCCCUAAUUUGCACAAGAAAGCAAAACCUUGAAGUGUUCUGGUCAUAGGAGUGAAAUGACACCAACAUGCAAAUGGCCUAUUGAAAAAGCGGCUCCAUUAUAGUCAAUCCAGUCCUGAAAAUGCGACCCCAUCCAGCGAUACAUCCCCACUAGCCAUAUAAGGAAGUACACCCCCCAGGCUGUAUUGUUGGGUGACUGCUGACUAGCAAUGUCAUGAUUUUUUACCUUGUCUUGUUAUUCCUUUGCCAGCAAUGUCUCCAAGCACAACUACUGCUUCUCCGACUUUCCAUUCCCUGAUCAUGUUCCUGAUUACCCAAGCCACACACAAAUGGCAGAAUACAUCAAAAGUUACACCAAGCAAUUUGGUUUGGAGAAGCACAUCUGCUUUAACACCAAGGUGGUCAAAAUUGAAAAAGCAACAGGAGGAUGGAAAAUCGUUACAGUCCAAGUCGACAACCAAGGAAAGUAUCAGUCUGAAUACAAGGAGACAUUUGUCAAGUUUGUUGCUAUAGCAACAGGACAUCAUGCGAAACCAAGCAUGCCACACUUUGAAGGCCAGGAAACAUUUAAUGGAAGAAUGUUUCACAGCAUGGAUUAUAAAGAUGCCAUAACUAAUGAUUUAGUAGGAAAGAAAGUAGUUGUAGUAGGAAUCGGUAAUAGCGCUGUAGAUGUAGCUGUGAAUGUAACAGAGUUAGGAGGGGAAAAGCCCAUUAACAUUUCCACGAGAUCGGGUGCAUGGAUUGUUCCUAAUUACAUACUCGGGUACCCUGCUGAUCAUUAUGCGACCCGCCUGUUCUUCUGGCUUCCUUGGAGCAUUUCCAAUUUUAUCUUUGAGCUAAUGAUCCAAUGUGUGACCGGCAGCCAAUGGCGGUGGAACCUGAAUCCAAAAAUGCAUGCUCGCCAAACACAACCCACAGUCAGCCCAACAUUGAUUCAUCAUCUCCAGAGGAGAAACAUUGUUGUUAGGCCUAACAUUGCGGCAUUUAAGAAAGAUAAAGUGAUCUUUACUGAUGGAUCUGAAACUGUUGCAGAUGCAGUGGUUUGUUGUACUGGUUACCACAUAGAUUUACCAUUUUUAGAGAGUGAUAUAAAAGAUUUAGUUAUUGACGAAAGCACCAAUCAAAUCAAACUCUUCAAAAAUGUUUUUGCUCCGGAAAUUGGCCAUUCUUUAGCGUUCAUAGGAUUUGUCCAGCCAGCAUCUGGUGGUUUGCUAUCAGUNGUGGAACCUGAAUCCAAAAAUGCAUGCUCGCCAAACACAACCCACAGUCAGCCCAACAUUGAUUCAUCAUCUCCAGAGGAGAAACAUUGUUGUUAGGCCUAACAUUGCGGCAUUUAAGAAAGAUAAAGUGAUCUUUACUGAUGGAUCUGAAACUGUUGCAGAUGCAGUGGUUUGUUGUACUGGUUACCACAUAGAUUUACCAUUUUUAGAGAGUGAUAUAAAAGAUUUAGUUAUUGACGAAAGCACCAAUCAAAUCAAACUCUUCAAAAAUGUUUUUGCUCCGGAAAUUGGCCAUUCUUUAGCGUUCAUAGGAUUUGUCCAGCCAGCAUCUGGUGGUUUGCUAUCAGUGUCUGAAACUCAGGCCAGAUGGUUCUCGGAGCUGUGUAAAGGUACCAUCAAACUUCCCCUAGCAGAGAACAUGUGCCAGGAAUUUGAGAAAGACAAACAAAGCAGGGAGGGUAUUUACUAUGCUUCACCAAGGCAUACAAUUCAACAAGACCCGAUGACUUACAAUGACGAGAUUGCAUUAUAUUUUGGUGCCAAGCCACAACUAUGGAAGCACCCUUCCUUGGCAUGGAAUUUAGUUGUCGGCAGUGGAGGAGCUGCGCAGUAUAGAUUGCAAGGCCCUCAUAGGUGGAAUAGAGCUAAGGAAGUGGUGCGCUCUGUUCCGAUAACACCCCUGUUACAUUACGUUACACUGUUUUUGCUUCUAGUAUUACUUUUUAUCAUAGUGUUCAUUUUCUAUAAAUUGUCGUUUUAG